AUGAUGGGGUUCUUCGUGCAACUGCGCCUGAGGAUCAUCGUCUUCUUCCUUCGAUUUAUGCAUCGCCUCACAGCAAAGCGCCCUCAAGCCCACCCAGACUUUGUCCUUCAAAUCCCCUCUCGCGAUGCUGGCCGAUCCAUCAAGGCACAUGUAUACCGCCCUGCCGAUCCUCAAAACCCGAGUCCAGUGCUCCUCAACUUCCAUGGCUCUGGCUUCGUACUGCCCCUUCACGGCAGUGAUAAUUUUUACUGCCGCCGCAUCAGCAAAGAGGCCCCAUUUACGGUCCUUGAUAUCCAAUAUCGACUCUCGCCGGAGAACCCUUUCCCAGCUCCGCUGUACGACGUUGAAGAUGUCGUCAAAUACAUCAAGUCUUCGCCUACCGACAACAAUCACGGCAUCACUUAUGACACCAACUGUAUCUGCAUCAGUGGCUUCAGCGCCGGAGGAAACCUGGCGCUUGCUUCAUCUUCAAUGAUCCUACCGCCCAACACAUUCCGAAGCGUGAUUGCCUUCUACCCCCCCGCUGAUCUCGCAACUCCACCGGACGCCAAAUCACCGCCUGAGCCCAGCAACAAGCAAAUCCCGGCGUGGAUGGCCAAGGUCUUUGAUGGAUCGUAUUUCCAGGACCGAGACGCUCAUGAUCCUCGAAUUUCGCCAUUCUAUGCGCCUGCUGAGAACUUCCCGGAUAAUGUGUUGAUUGUAACGGCGGGUCAGGAUUAUCUAGCUGAUGAGGCAGCCGCGUUGGCUGAGAGAAUAAAGAAGGAGGCUCGCGAUAAGCAUGUUGUUUCGCUGCGAGUAGAGGGCUGUGGGCACGCAUGGGAUAAGAAUAUUGGCGAGGAGGACUCUCACAGAGCGAAGAAAAGAGAUGAAGCUUAUGCGGCGGCGGUUGAGAUGUUGAAAAGAUCGAUUAGUUGA